AUGACUACAAUACAUCCAUAUACAGUACCUAUUGUUGCUGGCGAUUUGCGCCGUGCAGAAUUUGUUAAACAAUAUGCUGAUACAUUCGAUUAUUUGGAUGCGAUAUCCCAAGAUAUGUUUAAUCGUAUAGCUAUACGUCUUAAUAUUUAUCGUGCACAACUAAAUAAAUUUGAUGAACGUAUUCAACAUGCUAAUGCUCAUAUUGAUCGUAUUAAAGGUUCAAAACGUGCCAUUCAAGUUCAUUCAAGUGCACGUUAUCCAGUUGAACAAAAUCGUUCAACAUAUAAAUCAAUAUUUGAAUGUGAUACAGAUAAUGAAGAUAAUAAAACACCUGCACUUCAUUAUAAUUUAUUUCGUUUAAAUGAAACAACUGAUAAAUUUAUUGAUCUUAAAGAUAAAGAAUCAAAAUCGAAUGAUGAUACAUUAAUUGUAUUAAAACAAUAUGAGGAUAAUUUUAUUCAAAAAACAAAAAAACUUAUUUUAAAUGGUUUAGGUAGACCACCAACGAAUAUUAAUUCUGUUGUUUCAUUUCUUAAAUAUAAUACACAAGAAAAUCCUUAUACACAACCAACAAAAAUUGAUCCAUUAAAUGUUGGUGGACGAAUACGUAAACAAAAUGAUGAAUCUGCUCAACCACGUAUGAUAUUAUGUUCCAAUAUAUGUUUCUAACUAGGAAACUACUCGAAUUGAUACUGGUCAUUUGAGCCCAUAUUGGAUUUACAAAGAGACCU